GGGACUGACAUUCAUUCUUCCAUCCUCAUUUCAUUUCACUCGCUCUUUCUCUCAUUCCCCCCCUUCUUCUCCUUCUGUCCGGAUCCCCAUACACAUUCUUAUUUAUUUAUUUAUUGUCUCUUCCGUUCUAUUUGCAACACUGAGUACCUUAUAAUCACCAGAUAUCACUGCGGCUUAUACCCCUUUCACACAUACCACCUCGCCAAAAUGAAGGACGAGCCUCUCUCCUUCAAAGAGAAAUAUCUCAGACUACGUGAACGCUUUGAUAGAGUGUCAGCGACCCAGCGCCAAUAUACCAACGACUUACAAGCUGCUCGUCUCAAGGCACGCAAACUCAAGGAGGAGAAUAACCAUCUAUUGGAUAUCCUGAGCGACAUGCAGCAAAUGGCCGGGUCAGGGCUAUCAAGUGACAGUGAUACAUCUUUCGAUGACCUAAGCGACUUGGACGAUGAUGAUGACGACGAUUUUAAAGAUGAGGGACAUGGUGACUCACGUCAUGGGCGGUCCAGCGCGGGUCGUGCAGAUGUCUCUGAUAACAAUAGACAGGCGUUAUCAGGCAGGGGCCGAAGAGGUAAUCACCAGUCAACAUCAGUAUCGACAUCAGUAUCCGCAUCCACAAUCCAAAUGAAAUAGAACAAGCAUAGCUCAUC